AUGGCCCUCUCGUGGAAGUCGUUUGACUUCUUCGACGUCGCCAAGAUCCCCCUCCCGACCGAGGAAACCCAACAGCUCUUCGAAGGCAACGAGAUCUCCAGCAUCUGCACAGGCUCCGACAGCUUCUUCCUCGGCUCGCACGAUGGAUGGGUCAGCAUCAUUGGCAAGACCUGGAACGUCAUCCGGCGCUUCCAGGCGCAUGAGACCGGCAGCAUCACCCACAUGCGCCAACUCGAAGGAACAAGCGUGCUGGUUACGGUUGCGGAGGACAUGAGCAGCGAGCCCGUACUGAAGGUCUGGGCUCUCGACAAGCUAGUCAAGAAGACGAACUUGCCGACAUGCUUGAGCACGCUGAGCAUAAACAAUGGAAGGCGGCAAUUCCCCAUAUCUGCCUUUGCGGCAGUGGACGACCUCAAACAGAUUGCAGUCGGAUUCGCCAACGGUUCCGUCACCGUAAUCCGAGGCGACCUCAUCCACGACCUCGGAACAGCGCAACGAAUCGUGUUCGAAUCCGAAGAGCCCGUUACCGGCGUUCAGCUCGCGAUGGAAGCCCAGCUAACGACGCUGUUUGUUUCAACCACAUCGAGAAUAUUGAAGCUGGGGCUCUCGAAGAAGGGCCAUGGACUGCCGCCCAAGACUGUGGAGGAUGUCGGGUGUGGACUGGGCUGUAUGACUCUUGACCCUAGGACAGGCGAUGUCGUGGUUGCGCGAGAAGACGCCAUCUAUACCUACACGCUCGAGGGGCGUGGCCCACCCCGGGCCUACGAGUCGCCCAAGAGCUUAAUCACCAUCUACCAGGACUAUGUGGCUCUUGCGUGUCCACCUUCAACCUCGAGCGGCAAGGAUUCCGAAGCUAUGAGGCGCCGGUAUGGCGGCAGCACUACGAAUCCGCUGUUCAAUGCCUCUACGUUUGUGCUUCUAGACACCGAUCUCCGCGUCAUCAGCCAUACCGAGACGCUAAUGUCCCCGGUCAAGUUCUUUGCUGAAAUCUGGGGCGAUUUUUUUACCAUUGCCCAGGACGGAAAGAUUCACCGAUAUCAUGAAAAGACUCUCCAGCAACGGCUAGAGAUGAUGUAUCAGCGCAACAUGUUCCCCUUGGCCAUCGAGCUAGCUCAAAAGUCUGGUCUGGAUGGUGAACAGCAAAGCUUGAUUUACCGCCGAUUCGGUGACCACUUGUACCAGAAAGCAGACUACGACGGGGCAAUGGUCCAGUACAUCCGAGCCAUCGACACAACUGAGCCAUCACAGGUCAUUCGCAAGUUCCUCGACACGCAACGCAUCCACAACCUAAUUCAGUACCUCGAACAACUCCACGAGCACAGGAAGGCGACGGCUGAUCACACCACGCUCCUCCUCAACUGCUACGCCAAACUCAAGGACAUAAACAAACUUGAAAAGUUUAUCAAAUCUCCAGGCGACCUCAAGUUUGAUCUGGACACGGCCAUUACAAUGUGCCGCCAGGGUGGAUACUACGAGCAGGCGGCGUAUCUUGCCAAGAAGCACGGCGAGACCGACUUGGUUGUCGACAUCUUGAUAGAAGACUCGAAGAACUACAGCGAAGCCCUAGACUUUAUUUGGGGGCAGGACCCAGAAAUCGCUUAUCCAUGCAUGCAAAAAUACGCCAGAGUUCUCAUUGAGAACUGCCCCCAGGACGCGACGAGAUUGUUCGUGGACUACUACACUGGGAAAUAUAGGCCCAAGCAGACAGUUGUUGUGGCUAUUGAUGAAGUCGAGACGCCUUCAGGGGGUGGAUUCGCGUUUGGCGGCGCAGUCCAGAACCUCUCUAACCUCCUCCCCUUGCCAUAUAUGAACACUGCGGCUGUUGCGUCUCCAGGAACCCCAACUAAUGGAAAGGCUACGGUGAGCGACUCGGCACUGGCCCUAAACGCCGACGAUGUUCCAGCGCCAAAGUAUACCCCUCCAACUCCCCGAACGGCAUUUUCAUCAUUCAUCGAUCACCCCGAUGAGUUCAUCGUCUUCCUGGAGGCGUGUCUGGAAGAAAAGGACGUCAAAUCGAGUGACCGCACGGACCUGUACACGACUCUGUUUGAAAUGUACUUGUACAAGGCUGGUGAGAAGAAAGGACAGCAUCACAAGGAAGAGUGGGAGGCCAAGGCGAAAAAGCUCAUCGAGGGAGAGCAUAUUCCCAUGGAGAGCUCAAACGUGCUGCUUCUGUCGCAUCUGUCCGACUUCCAAGACGGCACGGUGUUGGUUAAGGAGCAGGCGGGUCUUUUGUCGGACAUUUUUAGAUCCUACACGUCGGCCAAAGACACGCGAGGCGCGAUGAAGGCGUUGAGGAAGUACGGGCCCGAAGAGCCUCAACUCUACCCGGCGGCACUAGCGUAUCUGACUUCAGACCCUAAAGUCCUGGAGGAGGCGGGGCCAGAUGAGCUUGCCAAUGUUUUAAACAAGAUUGACAAGGACGGGCUCAUGGCCCCGUUGCAGGUGAUCCAGACGCUCGUUGGACGAUCAGCUGGAGGAGGUGUGGCGACCAUGGGAAUGAUUAAGCCGUAUCUCCAUGAAACGAUUACGCGGGAGCGCAAGGAAAUCGCAUCCAACCGUCACCGCAUCAACACACUCCGAACCGACACAGAGAAGCGGCGCGAGGAGUUGGCGGACCUCGGGACCAAGCCGGUCGUGUUCCAGGCGACGUGGUGCUCCGACUGCAGCCAGCGACUGGAUCUCCCGGCGGUGCACUUCCUGUGCAAGCACAGCUUCCACCAGCGGUGCGUGCGCAACGGCGACAAGGAGGGCGAGGCCGAGUGUCCCAAGUGCGCCGGCGAGAACGACGUGAUCCGCAAGAUGCGCGAGGGCCAGCGCGAGCGCGCCGGGAAGCACGAGCUGUUCAAGGCGGACCUGGAUAACAGCGAGGAUCGGUUCGGGACGGUGGCCGACUGGUUCUCGAGAGGUGUGAUGGAUGCUGGACAAAGUGCGGAGUAG